AUGGACACAGGCCCUAAGCUUAGACGACAGAUGAAUCCAAGAUACAGAGCAAAUUGGUUUUCAAUUCUAACUUUUGGAUGGACGUUGGAAACUUUUAAAUUUGGCUACAGUCGCGACAUAAAAGACAGUGAUCUAUAUGCCCCUCUACCUGAACAUCGAUCACAUGAUCUAGGAAACUCUGUUGAAAAGGCUUGGGAAAGAGAAGUGGAGAUAGCCCGAACUCGUGAAAAAAAUGCUAAACCUAGUCUUUGGCUCGUUAUCUUCAAGGUGUUCGGAUCUGAAUUUAUGUUGUACGGUCUAAUACUUGCCGCAAUGGAAUUCUUGAUAAGAUUACAACAACCUCUGUUUCUGGGAUUGUUACUACGUUACUACAGUCCGAUUCAAGACGCGAACAUUGGUAAUCUCACGAUGAGUUCAACGUAUUUAUCCCGUCUUUUUAACUAUUACGAGAUAGAUAGCAGUGUAACUUGGGGAGAGGCGGUUUUCUUUGCUUUUGGUAUUGUUUUCUGUAGUACAUUGAACGUGAUGGUACAACACCCUAUUAUGAUGAGUAUUAUGCAUUUGGGCAUGAAAAUAAGAGUAGGCAUGUGCAGCCUCAUAUACAGAAAAGCAUUAAAAGUUAGCUUGCAAGUUAUAUCUGAAAACAGCGCUGGUUUGGUCGUAAAUUUAAUGGCAAAUGAUGUCAAUCGAUUUGAUUCGGGACCGAUUUUCGCACAUUAUCUUUGGAUUGGACCUUUGGAGACGUUGUUAAUGACUGUGUAUCUGUAUCGCGAAAUGGGAUUGCCCGCAAUAUAUGGCUCGCUAGUACUCAUCGUUGCCAUUCCAUUUCAGAUAUUCCUUGGAUGUCAAACGGCGUAUUAUCGAAAAGCAACCGCAGUGACGAGCGACGAACGUGUAAAUUUAAUGAAAGAAAUUAUAAUAGGUAUAGAAGUGAUCAAGAUGUACACUUGGGAAAAACCAUUCCAACGUAUAAUAGAUAUUGUUAGACGGCACGAAAUUCACUACAUCAAGAUGACAUCGUACAUUCGUGGAGUGAUAAUGUCUUUUAUAAUGUUCAUCUCCCGUUUUGCAAUAUUCUUCACUGUUUUGCUCUACGUGACGUUUGUCGGUCAAAUAACCGUUGAAAAUGUUUUUUUCCUAACAAGCUAUUACAACAUCACUAAGCAAACGAUGUGUUUGUAUUUCCCUCAAGCAAUAGGCCAGAUCGCUGAAAUGAACGUGGCUGUUCAAAGAAUCAGAGAUUAUCUUAUAAGCGAGGAAUGUCAAAUUCAACCUAGAAUUACAUCUGAGGAUAAAUCACAAAAAGAAAGUACCAGAAAACGAGUCAGGGUUGACGAAACAUUUAAACAAAUUGCUGUUCAGUUUGAUGAAGCUGGUACGAAAUGGAUAAAUUCGGAUAAAAAAGGAGACGUAGAAAAUUUAAAUUUGACUAUUUAUUCUGAAACAAUGGCCAUUGUAGUUGGAUCAGUAGGUUCUGGUAAAUCAACUUUACUACAUUUGAUUCUUAAAGAACUGCCAUGCACUACAGGUAGUGUCGAAGUGAACGGAAUUGUUAGCUACGCCAGUCAAAACCCAUGGCUAUUCGUAGGCUCCGUGAGACAAAAUAUUCUGUUUGGACAGCCUUAUAAAAAGGCUAGAUAUGUGGAAGUGUGCAAGGUAUGCGCUCUCGAAAGGGAUAUUUCUUUGUUUCCGCACGGAGAUAAAACGGUCGUUGGAGAACGUGGACUAUCAUUAAGUGGAGGACAACGUGCCCGUAUCAAUUUAGCAAGAGCUGUAUACAAAGAAGCAGAUAUUUAUUUGUUGGACGAUCCACUGUCGGCUGUUGAUACACAUGUUGCAAAGCACAUUUUCGAAGAAUGCAUAAAAAGAUUCCUGUCAAACAAAACCGUCCUCUUAGUUACGCAUCAACUACAGUUCAUUAAAUCAAUGGAUCAAGUCAUCAUUAUGGACAAAGGAAAAAUAAUCGCGGAAGGUGGCUUUGAGGGCUUAAGCGACAGAGAACUAAAGAUACUAGAAUUUAUACAAGAGAACGCAAAAGAAACGCAUGAAGACGAAAGCGCCCCAGCUUUACAAGGAAGCUCGAUUCAACCGAGCACAAUCAGUUUACACGGCAGACAUUACUCUGUACUGAUCGAUACAAGCCUUAUUGAUCAAAAACCUGAGAGCGAAUCACAAACAAUAGGCCGAGUCAAGGGUUCGGUGUACCGUGACUAUUUCCUCUCUGGCGCAUCGUGUCCAUGCGUUGCGAUCGUCUGUGUCAUGUUCUUUCUGGCACAGUUCUGUGCUAGCGCAUGCGACUAUUGGAUCAGCCGAUGGAGCGCCGUCGAGGACAGACUUACGGGUGAUGCAACCAUGGAUAUUGCUAUAUGGGACGAACAGCGACUGGUCCGAAACGAUUUCGUGAUCAUAUUUGCAGUGAUUACGACAGCAACUAUUGUUGUCGCUUUAAUAAGAGCCUUCCUGUUCUUCUCUUUGUGCAUGAAAUCUUCUAUCCGGCUACACGACAACAUGUUUGAGUCCAUAUCUAGAUCACCGAUGAACUUCUUCCACAGUAACCCGUCUGGAAGGGUAUUAAAUAGAUUUAGCAAAGACAUGGGUGCCAUUGAUGAAUUAUUACCUCAAGCAAUGAUAGAUUGUUUUCAGAUUAUGUUGAAUCUGGUUGGAGUUAUAACUGUCAUACUAUUAAUAGACAUAGCCUUAUUAAUACCGAUAGUGUCAGCUCUGAUAAUAUUCUAUAUAUUGCGUGUAAUUUACAUUCGCACCACGGGCGCAGUGAAACGUCUAGAAGGAAUAACUCGCAGUCCUGUGUUCAGUCAUGUUAAUGCGACCGUGUUAGGAUUGGCAACGGUACGUUCGUUCGACGCUGAAUUCCUAUUGGCUCAGGAGUUUGAUCGGCAUCAAGACCUCCACAGUGGGGCCUGGUACCUCUUCAUAUCAUGCAGCAGAGCCUUUGGAUAUUUCCUAGACGUCAUCUGUUUGAUGUUUAUAAUAUGCGUAACCUUUAGUUGUUUGAUGAAAACUGAAUUUGAAGGCAGCAGUAUUGGUUUGGCCAUAACCCAAUGUAUUUCUUUGACUGGAAUUUUUCAAUGGGGCAUGCGGCAAUCGGCCGAAAUGGAAAAUCAAAUGACGAGCGUUGAGAGAGUACUUGAAUACACGAAACUACCAAGAGAAGCUGCACUGAAAAGCGAACCCAAUAAGAAACCGCCUCCAGACUGGCCUUCACAGGGACGCAUAGAUUUUGAAGACCUGAGUCUCAAAUAUAGUCCUGACGGAAAUCUUGUUUUGCACAACCUGCAAUUCAGCAUUCUGCCAAAAGAAAAGGUGGGAAUUGUUGGAAGGACAGGUGCUGGAAAGUCUUCAGUUAUAGCUGCCCUAUUCCGGUUGGCGUAUUUGGAAGGUGCAAUUAUAAUCGACGGAAUCGAUAUUACAAAUAUCGGACUGCACGAUUUAAGGGAAAAAAUAUCGAUAAUUCCACAAGAGCCGGUUCUGUUUAGUGGAACAAUGAGGAAAAAUUUGGAUCCUUUUGAUGAGUAUUCGGACGAGGUCUUGAUAAAUGCACUGAAAAGUGUAGAGUUGCAAGGCGAAGGAGAGAGCGUCGGUGUACUUUACAAAGACGUGUCUGAAGGUGGAUCAAACUUCAGUGUGGGAGAACGCCAACUCGUAUGUUUAGCGAGAGCCAUCGUCCACAACGACCGAAUUUUAGUACUGGACGAGGCGACCGCUAAUGUCGAUGCUCAAACAGACUCCUUGAUUCAAAACACCAUAAGGGAACACUUCAAAGAAUGCACUGUGCUUACCAUUGCGCACAGAUUGAACACUGUUAUAGAUUCUAACAAGAUUUUGGUGCUAGACGCGGGUCGUCUGGUAGAGUUCGACCAUCCUCAUAUACUUCUGCAAAACAAGAGAGGGCAAUUUCGUAAAAUGGUGCAGGAAACAGGCCCGUCGAUGUCGAAUUUACUCCACAAACUAGCCUCUCAGAACUACAAGAAGAGCAAGAUUUAGAAAUAAAAACACAUUGAUUUAGAUAACAAUAUAAUCGUUUAUUAUGAAUAAUGUUAUGUUAUAG